CAUCGCCACUACGACCACAAGCUCCCAUUCCUGGGAGGUGAGAUGACCCUGGUUCCUGCGACAGCCAAAUAAUCUGACCUGACAUAAGAAAACUCCUGAUACCUAUUUAAAUUGGCACUGGACCGUAUAUUUUUCCAGAAUGAGGACCACACAGAGCUAUCAGCACUAGGGCUUGCCACUUGCUAAUUAACCAGGGAUUUGGUAUAGGCCGUGCAUAUCACCUGCCCAGAAAUAUGGAGAGACCUCCACAGAAUGUGAGACUGAGAUUUUGAGCGGCUACAGUGAAGAUUGCUUCCAAAAAUGAAACGGGUACAGCUUAAUCCCAGCUUUAACCCUUCCUUAAUGUGCAUAACAGAGUCCUGGAGCAGAGCCUUAGCUAAAGUUGUGUUGACCCUCCUUGGCUUCUUCCUCUGGGGAGCUGCUGUGGCUUUAGUCUUUGGUGGCGCGUUUGUAAUCCUCACCUACAGAAGCUACGGAGUCUUCUUUCAGAACAGAUUCUUCCUUGUGCCAGGUUGGCUGGCUAUUGUGGCUGCUCUUCUGCUGGUCCCCACCGGUGCUUUGGCUAUAUGCGCCCCAGUUAAGAACUCUCGCCAUCACCAGGGGACUUUGAUGUACUUGCUGUUGGUCCUUCUCUGCCUAGAGGCAUCUUCAACCGUCAUGACCCAUGUCUACUGUGUCAAAGCGGGCCAUCAACUGAAAAACAGCAUGGACCAUAUCUUUCUCCAAUACAACAGAACUGCUCCACACCACCGUGGCAACAGGGCUGUUGAUGCAAUCCAUAAGCAGCUGAAGUGCUGCGGAAUCGACAACUACACUGACUGGAUAGCGGCGCUGCCAACUCACCUCCAAGCUGGGCAUGUCUUUGCCCCCGAAAGCUGUUGCAAAGAGGCUUACUUGGACUGCAGGGGUGAUGUAAGCCAGCUGGAGAAGCUGUUUAAGGAAGGCUGUCUUCAGAAACUGAAAGAGAGGCUGCAUUUUGUUAUGGGAUAUAUGGCUUGGUGUUGUAUGGUGGUGGUUUGGUUGGAGAUGCUGGCUGCUCUUAGCAAUGGAAUACUUAUGAAGGAACAGCCACUCCAAGACUUCCAAAUUCUUGAUUCUGCUGCUUUCUCAUAGGCAACA